CUUACUUUCAAGGCGGAAGUUUUUGUCUGCAAUCAUGAGACGAAGAUGACGAGAAUACGUACGAAAACAUAAUUAAACCUGUCGAUUGUUGCAGUUCAUUUCAACAAAAGAUGGGAAACUGUAUAGCGAGAUGUUUUGGCAUUGCCGAUAGAAGGAGGAAGUACUUAAGAACAAGAUACAGCGUGGAAAGGGACUUUUCAAUAGAGUUUGAAAAUCUCAUGGAAGAUGAUCCCGUACAAGACGAAGUGACAAGAUUGGUGACCGAAAGAGAAAAACAGCUAUUGGCUUCCAAACAGUACACAAAUCUGAUUCACGAGCAAAAGCGUAUUGACGCAGAAAUAGAUAGUAAGCUUGCACAACAAGAAGAGGAACUUCGACUAGAAGAGGAGAAGUUUUAUGAAGCAAAACGAGAAGCCGCACGGAUUGCAAAGCUACAAAAGGCCAAGGAGAAGAAGGCCAAGACCUCUGCACCAAGCGGUAGCAAGUCCUGGCUCGGAGAAAACGAAAAAGACUGGGAUGUGGCCGGAGGUGAGGAUGAUUUUGAAUUGUUCUUGGCCAACGUGAAAGCAAGAUCAUUGAAAACCACAGCAAGGCUCCGAGAAGGAGAUGGACAGAGUUCCAAUAGCUCUGUGCAGACGACGACUCAUUCUAAGGACAGAUCUCAGGCGGACGGGUCCUCGCUAGAUCUGGAGUGGGAACACGAAGAAGGCACAGACGGUCUUGGACAAGUGAAAAAGGACAAAUCUUCUGCAGACGAAAACGCGGUUUCGUCGUCCUCAACUCAAGAGAGACAAAGUCCCGUGAACUCUAACGACCUGGAAUGGGACAAUGACUUUGUGUCAGCAGAAAUUAACACGAGUGACACGGCCCAGCUCCUGGCGGCCGAAAUGGCCAUUCAAAAGACGGCAUCUCGUUGACGGAAGUAAAGCAAUACUCAUGGCUCCACACCAUGUUGUUGUUAGCGUUACAACGUCACGUGCCAGUCAUGUGACAAAAGACAUAAACUUAUUUUUGCUUCAUUGUUUUCUUUUGGGGCCAAUAUUUUAUAUUAUGAAGUGGUUUAUAGUGUAAUGGUUAUAUUUUUUGUGUUUAUUUUAUAUAUGUACAUUCUUUAUUUUCAAUAAAAUAUCUUCAUAUACUACA